AUGCAAGACGAUACGGGCCACAAUACGUCGGCUAUCAGGCCUGGGGAACUCGAAAAGGUCCAAGGGCUUUGGAAGUUUCAGGUACAACGUGUCAAGGCACAGACUUGGGCUUAUCGGGAUAUCAAGUUCCUAGUGUAUGAUGACACCGCCGACGCGGACGAGGGCGACUCGAAGACAGGCAAGACCAGCGAAAACACCGCGAUCUUCGAGAGGCCUCCCAAGUUCAUGCCGACGAGUUCCGGUCAUGAUUCAUCUGUUGCACCACAAACCCUUGGAGAUGGCGACGAAGAUCCCAUGUUCAAGCAAGCAAUCAUCUCAUCUUUGAAGCAACCGCACUCGGAAGCCGGGCCAGCUGCGGCAUUUGAGCAUCCUCCAGAAGACGACGACAUGGACGAUCCAGAUCUUCAAGAGGCCAUUCGCAUGUCGUUGAUGAGUGACGAUGAAUCCAGCGACGGACCGAUUACGGCGGAUCCUUCGAGCCUGAUUGCUGGAUCAUCUACAGCAUGUAAAAAGACCCCCGAAGACGAGAACAUGGAUGAUCCAGAGCUUCAAGAGGCCAUCCGUCUGUCAUUGAUGAGUGACGGCGAGUCUGGCAACGCACCAAUUUCAGCAGAAUCCGGGCCCUCUGUUGCCAACACAGACGAAGAUGAAGACGUCUUCGAAUGCAGAAUAUGCUCGAAGCUACCCACGUUUCCCCACGACAAAAAGACGCGGAACUUCCGCCUUUUCAAACCAGCGGACGAGUUUCCGCAUCUCGUCACGGAACGGCCAAGCAGCGUCGACGUAUGUGUCCAUUAUGUUGCAGUAUCGUACUGCUGGCCUGAGGAAAUCAAAGACGAGUAUGGAAACAACGUUCCUCCUAUCAUCGAAUCAAAGGUCCGAGAUCUCAACGGUAAGCCACGUGCUGCUCGGGCACUUGACGAUGUUCUCGACCGUGCUGUCGACUUUGCUAAUUCCGCCGGGCUUCGCAUGAUUUGGAUCGACCAGGAAUGCCUUCCGCAACCGAAAGAAGAUGGUUCAGAGGAAGACAAGGCGUACCAGCGACUCGGGGUACAGGCACUGGACAUAGUCUACAACAGGGCUAUCGUUACAGCUGGCCUACACGAAUCAACUAUCAGCAAGACUGAGAUGAGCGCGGUUCAAUUCUUGAUAGACCACGAAACUGAAGAACUGCGUUAUUUGAGCCUCCGUCCACAGCUGUUCCAGUAUGCUUUGGAUUUCUUGUACAUGGUCCAAGCAGACAAAUGGUACACACGAGCGUGGGUUAUUCAAGAAGCGAUCAGUGCCGGCGACGGCUUGGUUCUUGUGUUCAGACGAGGUCCCGGUGUUGUCUACACGUCCAAGCUUCGUGCCGAUCAGAAGAAGUAUUCAACUCCUCGACAUCCACUGGACUCGGAGAGGCGAACUCUCAAGUCAAAGAUUAUCUGCAUUCCUGUAGACCUCUUUAGGGUCCUCGUCGAAACCUGCAAGUCUCUGCUGGAACAACGUUUUCAGGUUAUGGGGCAAGCUCUGAUUCGAACCAACACCGGCAAGAAUGCCAUCCCGAUCCUCUCCGUCGCCGAGUCCCUUCAUCCAAAGAUCACAGUGCGCCAGCAUGUGGCCGGUGUCCACGUGUACGGAGGCAAAGUCUACGGUGGCCGUCAAAAGGUGAACGCCGCCACGGCUCUGACGCUGCUGAAGAGUCGUCACUGUCGCGAUGUUCAGGAUCGUUUGACUAUCCUGGCAAACAUGUGCAGUUACGAGAUUCGCUUAGACCCUAUGAGAGUAGCGAAGGAAUGUGAUUCGCUUCGAAUCGGUAUUUUGGCCAUCACGCUGCUGAAUGGAGACACGUCCCUCCUGGUGCCUGAGGUCUAUGACUUCCCUGGCGACGAAGACGGAGAGCCAGACCCUUCUAUGGAUCGCCGCGUGGGGAGCCUUCUGUCACCUUUUGACACGGACUCCAAAGGGAUCAGUAGCUACGCAGUACAAGACGGCAAGCUCGUCAACCCUGCCGUGUACAAACAUAGUUUUGGGGGUAAGAGGAAAGGACUCCAUCUGUGUGCAUAUCUCUGGACAGUCGACGAUACUCUCGAUCUCAGCCCUCUGAAAUACCAAUUCGCCGAGAUCUGGCAUAGGAUGAAGUGCUUGCGCAUCAUCAUGGACCCUCAAAAGGAGGAAUCCGUCGAUGAAUUCGCUAGGCGAAAGGGUUUAAUUACCCAACAUUUCUCAAAGAACUACGUCAGAGACCGGGCGAAAUCGGAAAUCUUUCACCAUGGUGUCAUCGCUGCUGACUCGAGUGUUUGGGAAGGCCUAGAUGCGAGGGGGGUCCAGGUCAAAGCAUACCUUGACGCCUACCGCGUAGAAGCGGAGCCCGAGAUGCAGAAGAUCGUGGCGGAGAUCUUCUUCGCCAUCUUGCGAUACUUGCACGACCUCCGCGAACAGCAUAUGGCAAUCGAUUUGCACGGAUGCCGUCUAUACACGUAG